GGAGAAGGGGAGGAGAAGGAGGAGGAGAAGAGGGAGGAGGAGGAGGAGGAGAAGGAGAAUGAGGAGAAGGAGAAGGAGGAGGAGAAUGAGGAGAAGGAGAAUGAGGAGGAGAAGGAGGAGAAGGAGGAGGAGGAGAAGGAGGAGGAGAAUGAGGAGAAGGAGAAGGAGGAGGAGAAGGAGGAGAAGGAGGAGGAGGAGAAGGAGGAGGAGAAUGAGGAGAAGGAGAAUGAGGAGGAGAAGGAGGAGGAGGAGGAGAAGGAGGAGGAGAAUGAGGAGAAGGAGGAGGAGAAGGAGGAGAAGGAGGAGGAGGAGAAGGAGGAGGAGAAGGAGGAGGAGGAGGAGGAGAAGGAGGAGGAGAAGAAGGAGGAGGAGGAUGUGUGUGUCUUUGGUUGUCUGUUUGAGUGAAGCCUUUGAUGCGAUAUUC